GCGCCCAGGCUCGGCUCCCGAGGACGCCCGCCGGCCACCAUGGGCGCCCGAGUUCAGCCAGAUCGCAAACAGUUGCCGCUGGUCCUACUGAGACUGCUCUGCCUUCUCCCCACAGGACUGCCUGUCCGCAGCGUGGAUUUUAACCGAGGCACCGACAACAUCACCGUGAGGCAGGGAGACACAGCCAUCCUCAGGUGUGUUGUAGAAGACAAGAACUCAAAGGUGGCCUGGUUGAACCGCUCUGGCAUCAUUUUCGCUGGACAUGACAAGUGGUCUCUGGAUCCCCGGGUUGAGCUGGAGAAGCGCCAUUCUCUGGAAUACAGCCUCCGAAUCCAGAAGGUGGAUGUCUAUGAUGAGGGUUCCUAUACUUGCUCCGUACAGACACAGCAUGAGCCCAAGACCUCCCAAGUUUACUUGAUUGUGCAAGUUCCACCAAAGAUCUCCAAUAUCUCCUCGGAUGUCACUGUGAAUGAGGGUAGCAACGUGACUCUGGUUUGCAUGGCCAAUGGACGCCCUGAGCCUGUUAUUACCUGGAGACACCUUACACCAACUGGAAGAGAAUUUGAAGGAGAAGAAGAAUAUCUGGAGAUCCUUGGCAUCACCAGGGAGCAGUCAGGCAAAUACGAGUGCAAAGCUGCCAAUGAAGUCUCCUCGGCAGAUGUAAAACAAGUCAAGGUCACGGUGAACUAUCCUCCCACUAUCACGGAGUCCAAGAGCAAUGAAGCCACCACAGGGCGACAAGCUUCACUCAAAUGUGAAGCCUCAGCAGUGCCUGCACCUGACUUUGAGUGGUACCGGGAUGACACCAGGAUAAAUAGCGCCAAUGGCCUUGAGAUCAAGAGCACGGAGGGCCAAUCCUCGCUGACGGUGACCAAUGUUACUGAGGAACACUACGGCAACUAUACCUGCGUGGCUGCCAAUAAGCUGGGAGUCACCAACGCCAGCCUAGUGCUUUUCAAGCGUGUGUUACCCACUAUCCCCCACCCUGUUCAAGAAAUUGGCACCACCGUGCACUUCAAGCAACAAGGACCUGGCUCGGUGAGAGGAAUAAAUGGAUCCAUCAGCCUGGCCGUACCACUGUGGCUGCUGGCAGCAUCUCUGCUCUGCCUUCUCAGCAAAUGUUAAUAGAAUUAAAAAGUUUAAAUAUAAUUUAAAAAAAAAACACACAAAAAAGCGUCACACGGGAUACAGAGAGAGAGAAAGAGUGAGAUGGGGGGAGGCCGUUUAUUUCACAACUUUGUGUGUUUAUAACUGAUAGGGGAGCUAAGAAAAUCAAGAAGAACAUACAGCAUUUAAAAAUAAUUUUAAGGUCUAUCAAUAAAAAUUGGAGUGUAAUUCAGAGUGGGAAAAAUGCUAGCAUGAUGUGUGUAUGUCUACUAAGCAAGCAAGUGCAGUGCAAAGACUACAUCCUGCUGAGGACAUCCGGAUGUUGUGAAAAAAAAAUCUAUAUACAGGACAAGUACAGAAGA